AUGUCCAGCAAUUUCACAGCAACCUGGCAGGAGGCUGUGAGAACGAGAGUAGCCAACGUGAAGAUCGUUGGAGUCGGUCAGGACAUAGACAUGAACGAGUUAGUAGCAGUGGCGACAUCCGCGGCACCAUCCACGCCACAGUCAAACGUCUUUGUGGCCAGCAACUACACCACACUCUCAGACCAGCUGACUAAUAAGAUCAGCUCGGCUAUUUGCGCUGAAUUUCACGUAAAUGAGCUCUCCGUAAUGUUAUAUCCUACAGAUUUCAAGUACUGCAACUCUACGUCGUGCAUGAAAGGACAGUGCAUUGAAGAGUUCGGUGGUUUCUCGUGCAAAUGUCCCAGCACGAGUACAGGCACCUAUUGCGAACGAGAUAAAACUCGAAUCGGUAUAAUCGUGUAUAGCGACGAUGCCGAAUUGAGUAUUCGUAUGAAUGAUUACUGGAUAAUGCAGGACCUCAUAACAGCAUUCAAAAGAGUCCUCUACAAAGGCCAGAAGACCAACACGGCAUCCGCCCUGAACCUUCUGUAUACUCAGGCGUUCACGAGUUUUAACGGCGAUAGAAGUGAUGUGCCGAAUGUUGCGGUAAUCGUUACCGACGGUAACUCGAAUGUUAAUCCGAGCUCGACCGUCGACGAAGCCAUCGCUUGCAGACUGGCCGGUAUAAGACUAGUGACAGCCUCAAUUGGCGACUCUGUGAACCCGGCCGAGAUAAACAACAUUGCCAGCUUCCCCCUGCAAUUCAACACCUUCAACGUCAGCAACUACACUCUGUUCGAUAAGUUGGUGCAUCUUGUCGUGCAAGCCACUUGCGAUUCAUUUAACGAAUGCCUGUCUAAUACCUGCCAACCCAGAGGAACGUGCGUCAACCUCUUCCAUUCCUACCAGUGCAGAUGUCAGAGAUUUUACGCCGGCCUCAACUGCGAAAGAUACUGCACGGUAAGAUCCGAUGUCGUAAUAGUCCUGGAUGUUUCUGGAAGCAUCGGCUAUUUGGAGGAUUGGUACAACAUGCUCAUCUCCUUCGCCAGGGAGAUUAUCAACGGUCUGGAUGUGGACAACGAUGUGGCGCGUGUGGCCAUCGUUGCCUACUCAACUGACGUCAUUAAGACGAUUUACUUCAACCAAUACAUCGGCAAUCGCACGAAACUCCUUGAAUCUCUUAACUUCUACCACGAUGGCGGCACCACAAACACGCAAGCCGCUCUAUACACCGUGGCUAACUCCGUUUUUGACUCAAAUCGUGGCUACCGCGGCAACGACAAUGGCGUUCUUAAAAGCGUGAUACUACUGAGCGACGGCGAGUCGAAUGUUCAGGCGGAGAAUACUGUACCAGCAGCUAACAACCUGAAGAGAUUAGGAGCCAGAGUUUAUUCCGUGGUUGUAGGGACAGACAUUAAUUAUGCCGAAAUGGAACGGGUCUCUAGCAAUGCAACACUGUACACCUACCGCAUGCCUUACGUAUCAGAUGUGGUAAGGGUCGCCUCCAAACUUCUGACCG